GCAUAAUGGUCUGCAACCAAGGGCAUUACCUGAAGGAGAUGGACAAGCUUGUCUUGGUACAUGGAAAGCGAAUCAGAGUGUACGACAAGCUGGAAGAUCUUAUCAGCGACCCCGAGUCACCGCAAAAUUUUCGUGAAGCGCUUGAGCAGGGCACUUCACAGCGAGGCGACAAAAGUGGCGCUGCAGUGGAAACGCUAGAAGAAAAUUACACAGAGGGACGAAUAACCCGAGAGGAGCUGGGAAAAUCAACAAAGACAACGUGGCAGGUGCUGGGCAGCCUGCUUCGCUUGGCGCAGUGGCCAGCGCCCAUCAGCGUCCUCAUGUUCCUUGGUUCUGCGAGCGCCUUCGGAAUGCAGCAGCUCUGGAUCAAGCGAUGGACUGACGCCUCCGCGGUUCACGACUCAGCAGCAUCGCAACCACCGUGGGUUGGCAUACUCGUCGCCUUGUGUCUUGCAGAUGUGGGCUUUCGGAUUCUUGGGAGCGUACUGGUCGCUUUCACCGUGAAGUGCCUUUCACGAUCGCUUCACAACGACAUGCUGAGUCACUUGGUGCAGAGUCCCGUGUCCUUCUUCGAUGCAACACCACGAGGCCGUGUGCUGAACCGCUUCUCGACCGACGUAGAAACCAUGGAGGCCCGCUGCUUCCUUGCUGCCAAACAGACUAUCCAGAACACACUCAUCAUUAUCGCCAAGGUGGCAAUCGUGGGAACACAGUCGCCUGUGGUCGUCGCCAUUACGCUCAUUGUCGGUCUAUUUAUCGCUUACAUACUGAGGCUGGCACUGAAGGCAACCAACUGUGGCCGCUACGUAGAGAGCCUGGCCAUGUCUCGCCUUCUGCAGCAGGCUGCAGAAACCGCGGACGCGCUGAGCACUGUGCGAGCGUACGGUGUGGCCGGCAGGUUACGGCGCCACUUCUGCCACCUGGUGGACGACGUCGCCCACGGAUUCAUGUGCCUCCUUGGCGCGUACCGCUUUGCGCGAACGGCGACCGCUACCUUUGGCUUCCUGGUGGUCGUCUGCACCUUGGUAGCCAGCAUAGCGUUUGCUGGCUCUUUGGUACCCGACCCGAGCAGCCUCGGACUGGCACUGAGCAACGCCUGCUCGGUCCCGCUCUCAUUGAUGUCGCUCUGCAUGAUGCUGUUCAACGUACUUCAGGUGAACGUCUCGUUUGAACGUUGUCUGGAGUUCGCAGAACUUCCAGCAGAGAGUGACGCUCCGGCCACCCAGAAGACAGAGCAGUCCCUGUGCAACUGGCCCAAGGAAGGAAAAAUUGAAUUCCAGAACUUUUCUGCAUCGUACAAGCCAGGUGUUCUGCCCAAUGUGCUCACAGGCAUCACAUUUCUCGUUAAACACAAGGAAAAGGUCGGAGUGGUGGGUCGCACCGGAGCGGGGAAGUCGUCACUGGUGCUUGCACUUCUGCGCAUGCUCAAAGCCUCAGAGGGUCGCGUCCUCAUUGAUGGCGUGGAUAUCGCCGACGUUCCCCUCCGCAAGCUGCGAAGGAGCAUCACCGUUAUCCCACAGGACCCAAGCAUGGUUAGAGGCACACUGCGAAUGAACCUGGAUCCUACAAAUUCCCACACAGACGAAGAAAUCUGGCAAGCGCUUGAGAAAGCACACCUUGCAAAAGUAGUCAUCGGUGACGUCAGGGGGCUGCUUCUGAAGAUUACGGAUGGUGGCAGCAACCUUAGUGUGGGACAGCGGCAGCUGGUGUGCCUAGCCAGGGCCCUCCUGCGCGGAUCCAAGAUUCUUCUGCUGGACGAAGCGACGUCACAAAUGGACGGCGACACAGACCGCCUGAUCCAGGUGGCGCUGAGGGAGGCCUUCGCAGACUGCACGCUCCUCACCGUCGCGCACCGCAUUCACACCGUCCUCGACUACGACAGAAUACUCGUGCUCGAAGACGGGAAAGUUCGAGAGUUCGACUCCGUGCAAACGCUGCUUUCGGACACGUCUUCUGUCUUCUACAGGAUGGCUGCUGAGUGCGGCAUUUACAGCGCUGGAAGGGAGCCAGAUCUAAUCAGCACUUGCUUGUGACAGACUGAUCUCACACCACUUUUCAUUUUUUUUAAAGUUCAGUAAUAAAGUUU